AUGGACUCAUGCUGUCGCUCAUUGUUGCCAUCUGUGGACUGGAACAUGGCGUGUGCUUCUUCUGCAAAAUACCACUGGGAAGAUGAGGAGAAGAAGGAUGAACAUGAAGCUGAAUCUGAGGGACGUAGACGCAGGAGUCACUGGACAGAAGAAGUGCUUGCUGCAACGAACCAAUGCAUAGCAGUACGAAAUGGAAGCCUACGAGCAAAUACAGUAUUGUCACGAUGCUGUGCGAAUUUUGAAGAUUUUUCGCAGCUGGAGCUGACGCGAGUGCAAAGAUCAGUUGCUAGAAGUCAUGAGUAUCGUUUAGCUUCCUAUAAUCUUCAUGCUCGUGAAGUGAAAGUUGCUGAUUUGUGUAUGCGGGGUCGUUUGCACGAAUAUAUGAAGUACCCUACAAUUAAUGAGGUAGGCGUUGUUGUGUUUCCUAGUCCUAAAGUGAUUGCUGCAGUUCAUUAG